AAAAAUCGACCGACGUACUCCACUCCAUCUCAUCAAACCUCUCCGCCUUCUUCUCUCUCGCUCGCACGCACGCACGCAGGCAGUCGCGCGCCCCGUUUGAACUGGGCCAAGGCGACGACUAGGCUUCGAUCGGCGAGCGAGCCCUCCGCUCGAUCCCCCCGCAUGCGAUGCGAUGCGAUCGAUGCGCGCGCGAUACUAUCCACCCGAUCGAAUCGCGCGCUCUCGAUCGAUCUCGAAUUUUAUUCCUCCUUUGUUGUUAUAAAAGGAGGCCCAGGUUUGUUCUUCGUGUUCCUCCUGUUUCAAUUCCAUUCUUCCAUUGCGGGCGUCUAGUGAUCGAUCGAGGUAGGCUAGGUUUAGGUUUCAUGUCCACCAGUGGUGGUGGUGGGUGGCAAUGGAGGUGCCGGAGUUAGUGAAGCUGGCGUUCGCGAGGGUGCAGAGGGUGGAGCCGGAGCAUGUCGGCAAGAUAUUCGGCGUAAUGCUGCUGAGGGAGCCCGACGAGGACGAGUUGGUGCAGCUCGCAUAUGGUCCCGAGGCCACGCUCCUCGCCAAGAUCGAGGAUACUAAAGCCGCGCUCACCGUCAUCUAUGCCCGCUGCUCCGCCGCCGCCGCGCACGGACCUCCCGGUGGCGGCGGCGUCGGCGUCGGCGGCGGCGGAGGCUAUCACCAGCAGCCGCAGCAGCUCUUCUCCCGCCCCCCGGUACCUGCUUGCGGCGGCGUUCGCCAUCACUACUCUCCCGCCGCCGCCGCCGCGGCUGCCUUUGGAUACCAGGUCCAGUCGCCGCAGUACUGGCCGGACUCGCCGCCGGCGCCACCGACUAAGGCGGCGCAGCAGGAGUUCGCGCCUCCCGGGCUCGUCGUCGACGCCUCCGCGGAGGGCCCGUACCCGCUGCGCGGCGGCCAACACGUCCUCGACGACAACAACUUUGGCGGCGGGUACUACUACCCGGCCGGCGAGGACGCCUUCCCCAAUGGCGGGGGUGGCGGCGGGGGGUCGCCGGCGAGGGCGCGGCGUUCGAACGGGCUGUCCACUCGACGUCCCUGCCACUACUUCUCCAAAGGCAUCUGCAAGAACGGCCAGAACUGCCACUACUCGCACCACCAGGUGUACCAGGACGCGCUCGCCGGCGCCGCCAUCAACGGCGACGUGUACAACCACCAGCCAGGCGGCGUGACGCCGGGCUCGCUCGAGACGCUGGAGAUGGAGAUCACCGAGCUGCUCAACUCGCGGCGCGGGCAGCCGGUGUCCAUCGCCUCGCUGCCGACGCUCUACGGCGAGAAGUACGGCAAGGGACUCCAAGCCGACGGCUACCUCACCGAGAGCCAGCGCCAUGGCAAGGCCGGAUACAGCCUCACCAGGCUGCUCUCUCGCCUCAACAAGAUACGGGUCAUCGAAAGGCCGCACGGGCAGCAUUCGGUGGUUCUCGCGGAGGACGCUGCCAAGUACAUGGAUUUCAGAGGUGGCGGCGGCGGUGGUGGCGGCGACACGGGCUCAGUUCCGGCGAGCUCGCACCAGAUAUACCUCACCUUCCCAGCCGAGAGUACCUUCGCCGAGGACGACGUCGCCAACUACUUCGGGCAGUACGGGCCGGUGCGCGACGUGAGGAUCCCCUGCCAAGAGCGGCGCAUGUUCGGGUUCGUCAGCUUCCAGAGCCCGGAGACGGUGAGCACCAUCCUGAUGCGGCGCAACCCGCAUUUCAUCUGCGGAUCGCGGGUUCUCGUCAAGCCCUACAGGGAGAAAUCCAAAUGCGUCGACAGGACGUGCGUGGACAACAUCAAAUCGAUGGUUCCCUACUGUCCUCCACGCUUCUUUGAGUUUGAUCAAGAGCUCUACACAGCAGAGUAUGAUGCUUCGAGGUUGAUGAGGAAGCAGUUGGCAGAGAAGCGCGAGAUGCUCUUGGAGAUGGAGAGGCGGCGCGCCACAGUUCGGAGGCUUGAAUCCAUGCCGCCACAGUUUGCAUACUUCGAUUGCAGCAUUGAGGACGCCAGUCCCCUCCAUUCUCUCCAGGAUGAUUCGAAACAACUCGACCUUAUGAAUCCAUCCCUUGCAUCCCCUGAUCCACUGGAGAUCGUUUCAAACAGCCAAGCUCCUCCUACACAGGCAGGCAACAUUUAUGAUGACCAUGAGAGUAACCAGAUUGAACUGCUGCCUGAGAGUCCAUUCGCCGCAUCAGCGCCUGCUGGAAACAGCAUAUCCACAAUUAUAUAGGAGGAAAAAAAUUACAAAGAGACUUUUGGGCCUUGGGUUCGGAAUUCAGGUGCCCCUUUAGGCAUUUGAUGGUAAUUUGGUCCAAGAGUAACAUAAGUAUACACACACAGGAGGAGACAACAAAAAGCAACAAUAUUUUUGUUGUAGAUAGAGAAGGAAGGCAGAAGAAAAUCUCACUGGUCAUAAUUAGGAGGCACAUCUUUUUUGAAAAAAAAUAAUUAGGAGGCACAUAAACACAUGGUGUUCAUUUUAUACUUUAGAAGAGGACAGAAACAACAGCUUACAAAAGAAUCUCACAUGGUGCAGUAGCUAGCUUGCAAGAGGUAAGGACAGUUACAAAAGAAUUACAAUGGUGGAAACUUGAGAUAUAGAUGUGCAGUUUGACUAUAAUUAAGGAAUAGGGGACAAUGUGAUAUGCUAAUUAUACUGUCCUAGAAUAAGGCAUGUUAUUAUUUACAUAUUUAGUGUUAUCUUCUUUUUUUUAGGGUAUAAUGGCCUACUGGCCUUUACCUUUACAAGGGUGAAAAAAAAAAGCAGAACCUUUGCUGAUAUUCCUAUUGACAAGAUGAGCAGAGCGUGCCCAUUUGUACUUAUCAUCAGUAAUGGAGAAAAUUGCCUUCGAUGUUUA